AUGGCGACAGGCUCGGGCACGCCAGGGCCUCCUCCGCCGCCGCCAGGACAGGCGACACAGAAAGUUAGCGACGUCAUAACUGCUUUCCGACCGGCCAAGAAAUUCAAACCUCCGAAUGCGCGCACCUCGGUCACUUCCCUGGACUUCGACGACACGGGCGACCUCGCCGUUGUGGCACGCGACGACGACACGCUUCAGAUCUACAACACCACCCUUGGAAAGCACGCCAAAGAAUUCAACAGCCAAAAGUAUGGCGUCCACCUUGCCCGCUUCUCGCACCAUGCGCAAAACAUCAUCUACGCGAGCACAAAAGUCGAUGAUACGAUACGGUUCUUCUCAACACACGACAACUCGUUCACGCGCUACUUCAAGGGCCACACCGACACCGUGACCUCGAUUGCCCUAUGUCCGUCGUCCGAUACUUUCAUCUCGUGCGCCAAGGACAACACAGUCCGGCUGUGGGACCUGCAGUCGCCCAAUUUCUCAGGUAUGCUGAAUCUGCACGGCGCAUACCUCGCCUGCUACGAUCCGUCCGCAACUGUCAUCGCCGUCGCCUCGCAGCUCGGUCACGCCGUCCUCCUCUAUGAUGUCCGCAACUAUGAUAAGAUCCCGUUUGCGACCUUUGACCUUGCUGGGCUGGAGCAGCAAUACCUUGGACCUAAUGGUGGAGAAUGGUCCAAGUUAGAAUUCACAAAUGAUGGCAAGCACCUGAUUGUCAGCACCACGGGAAAUGGGCACUUCGUACUCGACGCGUUCGACGGCGGUCUGAAGCACUUUGCCUACCGUAAGAGGGGGCACACGGGACGUCUAGGCCCGAGCGCGGGUGUGCCGACGCGGGGCACGAAUGGUGCGAAUGGAGUUGCUGAAGCCCUUGGACAAGGCGACACGGCUGUGACGCCAGAUGGACAGUACCUUAUUGGCGGCAGUGCUGAAGAUGGCCUCCUGGUCUGGGACAUCUCGAGGGACCCGUCAUCAGACAAGUACACCAAUGCGGAGCAUCUUACUGGCCCCGGCAAAGCGGCCAUUGUCGGAUACAACCCCAAGUUCAAUAUGCUCGCUACGGCGGACAAGGAUCUGAUACUGUGGCAGCCAGAUCCGGAUAUCAUGAUGUAA